AUGGCACCACCAUUGAAAAUUCUGGAAACCUGCUUGGUUAGUUGGAUGAAGGAUAAAGUGAUGUCCAUUUCAGUUGAUAAUGUUGCUGCCAACAAGCAUGCAGUGGAGUAUGUUCGAAAGAAGAUGAUGAAUUGGACAGUUCCACCUAUUUUGGGAGGCCAUCAUAUACAUGUAAGGUGCUUAGCUCACAUUUUGAACCUCAUAGUUAGAUCCGGUUUGUCUAUUUUGGACAAGUCGGUGGUAAGUAUUAGAAAUGCAGUGAGGUAUGUGAGGUCUUCAUCUUCUAGGCUUGACACGUUCAAGAUGUGUGUUGAAAAAGAGAUAUUAGAUGUUAGGAAAGUUUGCAUUCUUGAUGUUCCAACUAGGUGGAACUCUACAUUUUUAAUGUUGGAGACAGCGAUGGAGUUGAGAAAGGCCUUUGAUAGGUUAGCUGAAGAGGAAGAGGGAAAGAGAAUGUUGGGAAUGGAAGAUGGUGAGGUUAAAGUAAAGGAAAGAAAGCUCAAAGAACUGAUAGUGGCCAUGACUGAUAUCUAUGCAGCUUUAACCUCAACCCCAAAACAGAAGGUAGCCACCACUGAAAUGCAGUCUGUUAGGAGUGUCCACAGAGGUGUGAGUGGAAAAAUGGCCGAGAUGAUGGAAAAUUGGGAUAAGGAACUGGCGGAGUCUGAUGAAGUUGUGGUGGAGUCUGAAGUUAAUCGAUACCUUAUUGAUCCCUUUGAAAAGUCUAAAGAUGGGGAACCUUUGGAAUUUUGGACUAGUGGAAGCACAAUGGGCCAAAAUAUCCUAACUUGCAAGCUGUGGCAGGAGAUGUGCUAG